AUGUACGGCACCGCACACCAGCACUUCGGUUUCGGUCGCCCCUUUCGGUUUUCUUCCUCGGGUUCCUCUCUUGCACUUUUCGGCAGAAUUCCCAGGGUAGUCGUUCACUGUGAAGAGUUUCCACAGAGACUGGACCUCGACCUUGCCGGCUGGAUCGGUGCACUGGGUUUCUACAUGCUGGUAGGUAUUCUCACGCAGCUGGUCGUUGAGUAAACUUAGAUUACAAAAGGUUUUUGUCGCCUUCAUAUAAACCGUUGUGUUAAGUUCCCCGACGCCUUUUUGAAUAAGUACGUCAUGAAACGGCAACUGACAAUCUGAUUUUUUAAUCGGCCAUUUAUAAACCUAUGUGACCUAGUGUCUUAGGGGUUGCGUAGCGCCCUUGUCCGAACUCUCCGAAAUUUUUCGCAUUUUUGAAUACGCCAUAAGCAGCCGCGAAACGGCGCAUCACCAAGCUGCCGCUUUAACCCUUAAGCAUAUGGAAAAAUACCCUAUGUGCGGUCUAGUUUCUGACAACACAUGAUUUACAAAUGAAACGAGCAAAGUACUAACAGUCUGAGGGAAAUGCUCUUAUUUAUAAUAUCCCUGUGUUGUGCAUUGAUAGUCUUAAAUGGGGCCUGGCAGCAAAAAUGGCUACUAUGUUAGAACUAUGCGAGGUUUCAUAUUUGGCGAAUUUGCAUAUAAGGGAUUGAUUAUGCGAUGGUUAAUAUAACAACCGUUCUUAAGUAAGCUUUUCCAAUUGGACGUACAUUUUAGAAUUCCGGCUAAAAUUUCAUGAUAUAGCAUAUCUACUAUGUGCGACCGUAAGGACCAUUCCCAUAGAGAGGAACGCCUAAAUAAUCAAUAACUGGGCAAAUGUUUUCAAGAAGAAUAUUUUCUUAAAGGUUUUAGUAAAAACCAAAUACAAACAUUAGAACUCGCAAACUGUUCUCGGAAGUUUCGAGUCAACCCAGUGCCUCAGUGGACCCCAUUUUUGGCAAAACCCGCACAGUAAUUUUACUGUUGAAAAGUUCUCUUAAUAUGCAGAUGACGAAAUGAUUAAGAUUGCAUCCGCUAAUGCUUUUAGAACGUUUUCGCCCCCAUUUCGCCUGUCAGCGUGUGUCUUUAUGGAGGCAUGUGUUUCUCUGACGUCUCUAUUAGCAAAAUCAAGAAAAGCCGCCUUUUCUUUAACCAAACUCGAACGGCGACAAAAAGAAAAAGUACGCUAAUUUUUCGCAACAAGCUUUUGAAACACGUGAUUGGACAUUACUUACUUAAUUUUAUGCCAGAAUUCACGUAGCACUUACUCUUGAUGGGCAUUUAUUCAGAAUUAUUGUUGAAGGGUUUUUAAUGUUACCAUGCUUAUGAAGUUUUACUUACUCGAUUAUUUGCGCCAUCAGGCUUUUUUAGUGGCCAAAUCUGGGCCUCAUCAUUUGACACGACUGUUUUCACUGUCUGCAUUUCCACUCUUUAAAAAUUGUUAUUUAUAUCAAGACAAAUAAUGCCUUCAAAUAUUUACCUUAUUUUUUAAAAUUUAACUGCAGUUCGUCCGUUAUUCGUUAGAUUUUUUGGGGUAUUCAUUUGGACUAGUUUACGACUGCUUGGUGUUUAUUCGUUAACGUACGCACACUCCAUGCGAUAGGCUACCUGCUGUAUUUUAACGGGACGGGCAGCUGGCUGAAUGUGGCUGACUUCAGAUCACUGUGGCGGCUAUUAUUAGUGUGUUAGAACUGGACCGCCAGUCUGGUGUUUACGCAGACGUAGUCCAAUUUACAGUACGAUGACCUGGACCCCAUAGUUUUUUUUCAGAAACUGAGCUCACAAAGACGUAGCUAUCAUGUCAUCGUUGGAGCCACAGGUUUAUGCGUCUGGCAUUUCAGGUUCACGUAUUAUUCAAGCGACGGAAACAUUUUCUUCCAAACUGCUAAUUUCAGUUCAUCAUUGCCACCACUAUCGUCAAAACCACAAGCACCACUACUAUCACCACUGCUAUUACCAUUACUACCACUACCUCAUUCGAGGAAGCUCAACAACUCAUUUUGCAUACGCAGUAUGAUCUAUGUAUGAACGAUUCUUGAACCCCACAAAGUGUUAUGUGGUAAACUGCUACUAGACAAAUACACACAAAGAAGACGAUGAGUCGCAGUAAUGCCCUUCAGGCUUAUUUCAAGGCAAGUGCAGCAGAACAUCUCUGUCCGGACAAUUUGAUAUCAGUACAUCCGACCGCUUACAGAAAUCACGCAUUUCUUCUUUUAACACCGAUAUCUUGAAGAUCAAACGUUUUCCUACUUUGUUAUCCAAUCUUUGUCAAAAGAAUCACAAAAGACAGGGGUUUGGUUGUGUUUUUUUGCACUGAUGUGCCAUUUGCGAAUUCGAAAGCAAACGUUUGCAGACGGUGCAAGUGUACCCGGAAAUAUAGCUUUUAGCUUACCGUGAAAAUUCGGGAUUCGGCGGCGGCCUUGAAAGAAGGGGUGCGUGCAAGAGUACCGACUGUGAUAGUGAUAUAAAUCGUCCUAUGUAGGCAUGAAUAAAUAUAUAGAGCAAGCACUCAAGCACUCCACACGCAGUCUUACAGCAGGCUGACUCAGCGCGUAAUUCCCCAUUGGAGUAAUUUCUUCAGAACAAAGAAGACAGCUUACAACUCAAAUCUUGGUAAGUUGAGACGGUCUUAGUUCAUACUGUGCAUUUAAUAGCUGUGAUGUUUACGCAAGAAGUAGCUAUAAUAUUGUCAAAAGUGGUGUUUUUUUCAUCCACAUUGUAAUCAUUUUUUGAAUGCAGAACUUCGGCUGCAAGUUACGGAAAGUCGAAUUGAUGCAUAAGAUUCUGACCUUUCUUCUGAAACCUUAAUGGGUCUUAAAAGUCAACGCUUGUCCAGCUUAUUUUCUGCACAAGCAAACCGAAACCCAGGAAUGGAUGCCACUCGUGCAAUUUCAUUAAAAUGCAGAUUUCCACGUAUGAUUGUAGGUUUUCACAACAUAGCCGAAUUGUCCCCUAUCUGACGUGGGUGCAACCGGGCAGAUUGCCACCCGGUGAACGAUUCAACAGCCGGCCCGACUGUCGUUGUAGUGCUUUCUAACCGCAAACGUUUUUUUACUCUGAACGAGGUAUAUUGGAUUAGCAUCUAAUGGUCUCCAUGUUUGUUAUGCAUCAGCAUAGAUUUCUUCCUCAGUAACCUUCAAAGGUGUGGCGCAGACACCCUGAAUCAGAGCCUAAUGGCGAGUUGCAUCCCCUCCACUUUACUGCCAACGAGCGUUUGAGUAGCCGCUUCUCCCCCUGUUUUGCAUGCAACGGCCUAGAUGAGCAAUAUUCGCUAAAUUAUAUGCCAUAUCAAUGGAUCGUCUGCGCAUUCAGUUGCUCUAGACAUUAUUUCCCGCCAUUCCAAAGUCAAUCAAGUUAAGAGCGCGCGUUUUCAUUUCCUCUAGUAUUACGAUUUUACCAGGCCCGGUGAUUGUGAUAAGUAGUAGUGCACAGUCUGUUGGCAAUAUGACAGGAUUAUAUUUCCUACAUUGAUCCUGCGCUAGGUAGGCUAAAUGAUUGAUCUAGGCUUAAAAAUAAUUGAGGUCGCCCACUUCUAAAAACAUGUACUUAAUACUCACAUCUAGACCAUUCCCUUCGGAAAGUAAAGGAGAACGCAAAAUGGCUUUUUUCGAACAUGAGGAAAUCACUUGUGUAUGCAAAAGCAGGCAGACCUCCACACCAGUGGUUCAUGCAGCAAGUUCUUAAAUAACAGCGCAGAACGAAAAUGGUGAUAAGCACUUCGGCCCGGAGUUCAAACGCCAUCCAAAGUCUUAAUAUUAUAGGUACCAAGAGUCUCCUUCGUCAACUGUGUCCAGUUCGUAUCUGUAUGCGCGAGUUUCCAGUUUUCUGAGAGAGUUUAAGAGGACGCUAGACGUAUAUGGCCAGCAAGUUGCACCACAAUCUGUCUUCGUCCUUGGCCUGUUUUUGAACACCGAAAUCAUUAAAAACAAUUAUCAUCAUCGCAUACGCGGAGUCCUCAUUCAUUGGAUUCAGGUUAAGUUGGAAUUGUAUUACUAUAUCCUAGCCGACUUCAGUCUGGUGGUUAGUUGCCUGUUCUUAAUCUUUGCUACCUGUAUGGAUUUUGUUUGAUUCGGGGAGCCAAUAAAUUGACGUGUGACCAUUCUUUAUUUAUUGGAACUAUGUGCCAAUGAGGUACGUUGCACCAUCUGCAAAUCGCAAUGGCGUUCACACUUUACAAGUAUAUUGUGCGAUAGAAAAUUUUAGUGUAUCAUGCAAAGAUUAAUGCGAUAAGGAGCAAGAUAAAUAAAUUUUUCUGAAAAUCAGCCAAGUGCGACUGAAGUGUGUCAAUGUACGUCCUGUUGAUUGGAAUUUCCCACAUCAAGGAGAGCGGGUGGAAGGAGUCGUACAGCGGUCACUGCCAGUAAAUAAAUCAAAAACUACUGUUUAGUGCGUUCGUUUCACUGUAGUCUUGAUUCAUGUAUUGUUCAGCAUAAAUCGACCAACUGCUGAAUACAAAGCGUUUUUCAGGAGCAACUUUUCAGCGAAUAAUUUUGAUCAUUUAGACGGCAUGAAUCAAACGAUAAAAAAUUUCAACUCUCCUUUGCCGUGCAUAUAAACAGUGCGUUUAGAGAAAUGAGGUAAGUAGCAGACAGUGGGAGCAAAAACAGUGUUCGCGUCCAUAUCGCCAGGAUUCGAGGGGAAAAUAUGUCAAGGUGAGCUCGUCUGUAGGUCUCUUACUGAGUCACUGAAACGAAACCUUUCGUGUAGAGACAGGGGAGACCACGUAAGUCAUUUUCAGGACAGCGGGCCCGUGGCCCAGUGGUUAGGGGCGUUGGACUUCUAACUAACAGGUCGCGAGUUAGAGCCACAGGUUUUCCACACUUCGGGGUCGGGUAUGACUGGCUGCCGACGGUCAAUAAGCCAGAAAUGGCCAUUUCAGGCUCCCUUGUCUUUGUCGAUAAUAACAUUCUGCCCAUAUCAUACGCCGUUGUGUGGCUGCUGGUUGGGCUCGGGAGAGUCCGUAAGACACAACGGAGCGAGUGAGUUUCGUAGAAACCAUCGGCCAGCACCCCUCUACCAUUUUCAACUUGCCGGUCUUUCGUCAGUCAGCCAUGAGGCGGUUGCUCUUUCAGUCUUGUGCAACAGAGUAAACUGCCCUAUGCUUCAUUCGAACAUUUCGACUUUCGUUUCAUCAUUCGAUUUAAAAGAUAAUUUAAAUUAUCGACUACAAUGGAACUGUAAUGGAACCGCCUUCGGCGCCCAAUUCUAAAGUAUAACCUUCCAUAAAUGCUGUUACCAGUUAUUUAUAUUUUCAAAUUUUCUUAUAUAGGCGCAACCAUGCGACUUUGUUCCUAAGUUAGUUUGGAAUUACACAAAUGCCUCAUCUUUGUAUGCGGUGACCUACAACAAAUAUGAAAUAUUUCGUCUCUAUUUAAGGCACCCCUGUUCCAAAUGGAAAUAACCUUAUAAGUCCAUGAGAGGUCCCGUAGCCCCGCAUGUAAGAGUGUUGACUGUGCUCGGCCGUACUCUUGUUGUUGUGGGUUUGAAUCCCAUCAAGUAGGUCAGGUGAAUUAUUCCAAACAGAAUUAUGCGCAUGCAGGUCAGGUCUGGGUGCUGAGCAAAGAGGAUUAUUUCACCGUCAAAAGUAUAUCGUCACUGAAUCCGGGAGCUUUCCUGUUUUAUUUUUAUAACAUUUCCAACUGUCUUUGCAGCACUAUGUGCAAUCGCGGGUGACUGGGUUACUUAUUUUACCUUUCAGCUUCAAAUAUCCAAAAAUGAAGAGAUGCGGACGCCUAGUAAUCUUGGUAUUGAUGUUUCUUCUUCAUUCGAAGGUAAUGCGAAUAAUAACCCUUUUUGCAUCUAUAUAACGCCCACUUAUUCCCUUUUUGACUCCGAUAUAAGCAAAUCGGAAGUAUUCCUAACAGAAAAAAUUCAUUUGUGGAAGUGUCUCUAGCUCAGAAGAUCUCAAAGCUUUAAAUAUGUAAAUGAAAUCGGGAAGCAUGACGGGUCGGUAAAUAUGUCAUCUACGUACCAAAAAUAACGCAACGUUAUUUAUUUACCUAGCCCGUACAACAUGUUCCACCGUAUUCACGAUGCUAUUUUCCUCCACUUUUGCUAGUGGACAGCUGAAAUUUACGCAAAUUGUUUAUAUACCUUUUUACCGCUUGCUUCUCUAUCCUGCUAUAUUUUCCACCUUUAUGUAUGCGAUGAACAGUGCAAGGUAUACAUGAUAUUUAAAUAAACUCUCAUCUGAAAGUAAUUUAAAACUAACCGUCUCCGACAAGAUAAAUAUCGGUCAAGUCGAAUGCUACCUUAAAUCAGUCAUGCCCUUGCGAUUGAAGGGACUACUGCAGAGCUUGUUUGUGAAUACCAUUAUUAUUGAAGGUUACUGCUCAUUCGGUUUAGUUACCUUCUUGUUGGUCGACGAAAGCCUGUCUCUGCACGAGACGGUAAGUUAAACAGACAGUAAUGUUUCUGACGUCCAUUGUAACAUUCUGUGGGAGAAUUAGUGUACCCGUUUGUCCGUCGGUCUAGUUGUUAUUGCUCAUAGGUCAAAACAAUUCUCUGCGCGUUACGGUAGUUUAAAUGGGCAUCGCCGUCUCUGAUAUACCGAAAAAUGUCCAAAAACCAAUUAUCCACCGCUCCGUGUAACCCCUAUGAGGUGCCCAGCCACGCCUGAAGACCCGAAUGCUUGAUUGUUCGCAACUGUUUAUUCUCCAGAAACGCGAGUCUGCUUAUUUUGCGACUGAUUUUCGCUGGAGACCGUACAAGUGGUCACUACUGACAGUUUAGCCAAAGGACAUGCCCCUCACAACGGGCCACUAGGGGCUGAACUGGACAGCACAAGAGAAGAUCAGGGCACGACCCCCAGCGUUCUUGCCAGGGUUUUGCGCCAUAACCCUUCGGGAAUGAUCGACUGUUCAUAAGUAGUGUAUUGCCAAAUAUUGGGAUAUUUUAUUCAGUGGAAACUCACCAACUCAUGAUUCGCGUAUUUUUCCAAAAGCAGCAGAUUUUCGAUUUCAUAGUAUCCUCAAAGAAGCUAAUCUAUGAAAGGAUCUCAGGCAUCCUGAAAAUGAAGCAUGUAGAAAUUCUGGGUUUGUGCACCAAAAAUUAAAAAAACCAUUAUAUUCAUCUUUUCACACAUAUUUUAGGCAGGAUGUUCAAAGUGAGUUUAUUAUAACUUGUGUACCUGAAAAGAAACGUUAAAUUUAUGCAUAAUAUCUCUGAGGAAUUUAAUAUCGCUCAGGUUUUAAUUCGGCUGACAAUGCUGAGUGAUGCCAAAUCCCUCGUUAAUUUUUAAAGCUUGUUUACCAAUUUUGUACCCCCCCCCCCCAAGAUGCUAGUUUUCUUUCACUUUUUUAUUUGUUUACGAGGUAUCCCAACGACCUUGACAAAACACAGCCAACGUACGUUGAAAAUACCGAUUGCGACUAUUUCUUGACAUUUCAGGAGGUUGCAAUGCAACAUUUUUACUAAGGGCAAGAUUUAAAACGCUGGGAAAAAAAUGCGCACGUACAGAAAAAAAUUUUCAAAGUUCCUUAAAGCACCUUUGUUAUUACGCAGUAAUUUGUUGCGUGAAAUAUAAACUCGACGUUAGUUUGGUUAAGUAUUCAGAUAUGGUUCCUAAUUAAUUACUUGCGAUAUUUAUCGUUGUUUGUAGGGAUAUAAAAUGUUUACUUAAAUCGACACAUGUCAGUGCGGACGAAUUUUUCAUUAAAUGCUAAAUAAACCCUCAAUUUUAAAUUUGUACGUUGCACACAACGGUUUAUAAGUGGUUAUCUGCUAAAACGGAUGUCUACUGACGUUUUUAUUUGCAUAAAUUGUAGCGCACAUUUGAGUUGGAAAAUUAAGUGGGAUUACAGGUAACCAGUUUUUUUUACUUUGUCGGCUUUUCAUUCAAAUAAAAAAUAGGCUUUGAAUGUAAACAUAUGGACUUUUUCAUUAUUUACUAUCCUUUGUGCGUUGCUGCCUUUGUUAAAAAGUACCAUAGGUUGCAGGCUUUUUACAAAAACAACAAAAGCGUUUCCUCCCAGCUUGACGUUUCCAAUAUCCCAACGAAACGAAUCAUUAAACACACCGUACAUAGUAUUCAACAAACAAAAACUGCUUGAAUCCAUUUCCAUCAUAUCCCUGAAAUAAAGUUAGGUUUUGGUAGUUAAAUUACAGAUUUAUAUCAAGUACCAUGAAAAAGCAUCGAAAACCAACAGUGACCACACGAUAAUCCGUUUGAUCGUAUGACAAAUGUAGGAGACUGUAACUACUUGAAGAUUUUUUCCACAUUGCGCUUUCCCAGUUAUGGUUAUAACAACUCUCUGAGUAUACUUAAGCUGUUACGCACUAUAAAAGCAAUUUUUUCUUUGUUAUUUAGAGACGAUAGGCACUGCGUGAAAGACAUUCGGACAAGACUGAAUAACGUAACAGCAGGAAAAUGUCCUGAGAACAUAUUCUAUACAACAACAUUCUAG